AUGCCCGUCCAAUUACUUCCGGCGUCGGCCGCCGCCUUCGCUCCCCGGGCUUCAUCCGUCAACGUCGUCUUGGGUUCAAAAAUCGAGCCUUGGCUUACACAGACCCUCAAGCGCAUCAACCGAGUCAAGCGUCCUCUCAACUCUGUCCCUCAGCACCACCGAUGUCUCACCGAGACUCUCUCAUCACCAAACGCCAUCUGGACCUUGACCUCGCUUAUGCUGCCCAAGACGCCCGAGUCUGACUUUAAGCGGGAUGCCGGCAACCCUCUCGUGGAGGCCAUCAUGAACUAUGAGCUCGUCCACGUCGAGGCUUACAUCGUCCAUGUCGACAUGGUUCUGCGAAAUGAGGUCGCCUUUAAGCUCACAAAGGACACCAUCGAGGCUCUCGUCGAUUACCACAAGGAGAUUCACUGUGUCGAUGCCAAGGCUAGCACAUACGACUGGACGGAUAAGGAACAGCAGUGCAAGAAGCUACAUGAGGACUUUGUUCAGGACAUCAACAAGUUCGUCUUCCGCACCCACGUCUCUGCCCUCGAGGGUCUUGAGGAGGAGGGUGCUGGCGAACUUCUCUGCGGCAAGAGCGAGGAGGUUAAGAACUGCAUUAGUGCUCUCAUGAAGCCUCUGCUGCCCCCUCCUCCCCCUCGCGUCGUCGAAGUCGUCCGACAACCUACACUUCUGCCCAGCUCUCCUGUCAACAACAUGUGGUCGCAACCUGGAUUUCACAACCUUGCCGCUGUCGACUCUUGGAGAGUGCUUCCUUCCAGCCCCAGCGUCACAUCAUCGGCAGACUCAAACACAAGUCCGAUCUGGGCGCCCAUGACCAUGAGCGAUCUUUCCCCUACUCCCGCCUUCACGCAGCCUCACUCUACUGCUGGUUACUUUUGGAGCUCGCCCCAAGUAACAGCACCCAUCCCCGCUCUCCCUCUCCCUAGCAUGUUUGCUCCCCAAUGCGGAGUUGGCAUGGGCAUGGGAGGAAUGGGAGGCAUGGGAGGCAUGGGCGGCUUUGGCUGGGAUCGAUACCAAGAGUACGCAACCAUCAUGUGA